AUGCUCAAGGCCCAGUGCAGUUCUCUUGAUGGUGGGCUGCUCACUUCAACCCCCUCCCCUGCCACGAGGUCCCAAAGGAGGGGUUCUGCCCAGGUGAUGGUUGCCUCACAUGUGGGGAAGGGCCCUGGGCUCACAGGGGUCACCUCCAGUCCUGUCUGUUCCACAGUUGGGCUGGGGAAGGAUGGGGAUGAGGCCAGAAGUCCGGGUGUCCCUGGCCAGUGUCUGGUUGGGAGGCAUGACUGGGGCUGUGGUCAGUGGCCCCCCACGUCCCUCCACAUGGGGGGCUUGUUUCUGGGGCAGUCUGAGUGUCCAUGUUGGGCCCUGGGCCUUCUGGAUUUGUGGUCAGCAGAGUUAUGCUGUCCAGUCUGCGUGAGGCUAGGUCAGCAUGACCUGGCCCCUCAUAGAGCCUUGUGCUGGGGAGGUGUCCCUGGGGCUGGAGGAGCCCCAACACCCACCUAG